ACAUUGCCUGCUUCCUGGUAUACCAGCGAUAAAAUCGUCGAAAUCAUCAAUAAAGAGGUAUUGCACAAAGAAUGGUUAUAUUUAGCGCCAAUCACAAGAUUUUUUAAAGAAAACGAUGAAACUUAUGUCCAGUAUUGCUAUGGUAAUAAACCCUUCUUUAUUUUAUCAAAAUAUACUGCUCAAGACACUUUUAUUGAUGGAUACCUAGGUGAUUAUCAGCAACAAGUUAUGCCAUAUUCUCAUAAUAAAGACUUAUUAAAUGAAAAGCUUCAAGCGCUUUCCAAAAUCUCGACCCAUGUCACUAAAACGGGAUUAGUCUUUAUAAAUUACCAACAAAGCCCUAAAAGUACGUUUUCUGAUCAUUUUGGAAAAGAAUUGGAUCCUCUUAUUAAUUCAGUUGAUUUUACAAAGUUAAAACAUAAGAGAACGCUAACUUAUAAAGCUAAUUAUAAUGUUUUAACCUUUUUAGACGGUUAUCAAGAAUGUCUCCACUGUGAUUACACACAUCCUGGGUUAUCUAGGAAUUAUAACAUGAAUAGCUAUAAAGUUGAUAACUAUAAAAAUUUUUCUCAUCAUUUAACUUGCUCUAAAACCAAUAUACUGAAAACUGAAGGUGAUGGUCUAUUUUUAUACUUCUUUCCAAUUUCAACUUUAAGUAUUUAUGCAGGUGGGAUGAAUUGUUUUAGAGUUAUUCCAAUUGAUAGGAAAACAUCAAGAAUGGAAAUCGACUAUUAUUUUAAUGAUGACAAUCUUCAAAGUAAACUAUCAGAUGAUUUAAUUGAAAAAGAGUUCGAAAAUUAUUUUAAAUUUACCAGACAGGUUCAAAUUGAGGAUUUGGAUUUAUGUGAAGCAACACAAGAAAAUUUAGAACAUGGAUUUUAUAAAGGUGGCUUUUUAAAUCCAGAAAAGGAAAGUGGUGUUAUCUUUUAUCAAGACCUCAUUCGUGAUAGAGUU